GUAGCCUGCCCUGCUCCUCAAUCCGUUUGCUAUUUUCAUGCGUUGCUUCUCACCGUGCAGUCAUCACCGUCUAACCCUCCCAUUGGUCACUUGUAUGAACUGUCUUCAGCUUCUCUCCAUCCCUCCAACGUCCGUUUGGUCACAGCGUGUUCAUCACACGACAUUAAGCACUUGCCCUUCGUCCGCCUAACCUACUCUUGCUUCGUCUUCACUUCGCCCACGUUUCAACGACGCAACAUUAGAGUUUAACCUCCAACGAUUUUCAAGCCUUUAGGCCUUUAAGCCUCAGGGCCACAUUUGACCAACGUGUCUCUAUAGUCUUCACAGACCUCGACCCUCCUCCACCUCAAAUCCAAUCGAAACACAUGCCACUGCGAGUACAACAGUGUUUUCCUCAACUUUAUCAUAACCCAUGACCCGUCACCGUUCCUUGAAAUGCUUGUUACAGCCUACGGACCUCCGAGAGUCAAGUUCUCUGGCACUUACGAAUGGUCGACGGACAGUACAUCCCAGAAUAUCGACAGACGUUUCCGAGUAUAUUCUCCAAGAGGGAUGAUUGUCCGACUAUACGCUGUCGUUUGGAUAUGCAUGGCGACAAUGUCAACCGACACGCUAAUGAUGCGCAAUCCGGACAUACGCAAAACCAUUGCGACCAUACUCGCCGAUCGUUCAAGUAUGCAAUUCACAUCAGUCACUAGCAGGAAUUAGGCGUAAAUUACGCUGUCAUUUCUCUACACCUUACCAGGAUCCGCUCGGCCAUCUCUGCUCAGGCAAACCAAUGCAUCGACGCCUCUCCUGUUUGUAUAUUCGUCGUCCUACUGUAAUGACGUCCCUGUACUGCAGCCCGUUUCCAUCCUCUUUCAACCCGCGGGACCUUCGUUGGUGUCCGCCGUACUUUCCAUUGAAUGACUCCAAUUUCCCUCUCUUUGCGGUUCGUUGAUCAUCUCACAUGUUGUCUGCCAUCUACAAGACCUGCCAUUGCUUGCUUUCGUCUACUCUUGACUCGACACGU